GGUGCUUAAAAAUAAUUACGUUUUUUUUUAACAGAAAACAAUAUAAAAACAUGUUGUAAUUUUUAGCAAAUCAGUAGUUCUUACAUCAACUUUGGUCGAACAUGAAGUUCUCGGUUUUAGCAAUUCUUUUGGCCAUAUUUUUGGUAGCAUUUGCUGCCAAUGUAAAUUCAAAAUCGAUUAGAUUGAAUUCCCUGGAAUUGAUCAGAUCGUCUGAUGGACCUGAAAAUUCUUCAUCUGAAGCCCCUGCUUCUAGCUCAGAAGCACCUGAAUCAUCAUCUAAUGCUCCCGAAUCAUCAAGUAUAGCACCGGAAGAAUCUUCUUCGGCAGCUCCUGAAGAAUCGUCAUCUGAUGCUCCAGAAUCUUCUUCUGCAGCACCUGAGGAAUCAUCCUCUAGUGCUCCAGAGUCUUCUUCUGCACCCGAAUCUUCUGCAGCUCCUGAAUCUUCUUCUGAAGCUCCCGAACCAUCAAGUGCUGCUCCCGAGUCUUCUUCAGCACCCGAAUCUUCUGCAGCUCCUGAAUCUUCUUCAGCUGCACCUGAAUCAUCUUCUGAAGCUCCCGAACCAUCAAGUGCAGCUCCCGAGUCUUCAUCAGCACCCGAAUCUUCUGCAGCUCCUGAAUCUUCUUCAGCUGCUCCUGAAUCACCCGAAUCAAGUGCUGCUCCCGAAUCUUCUGCAGCUCCUGAAUCGUCAUCUGAAGCUCCCGAGUCUUCUUCAGCACCGGAAUCUUCUGCAGCUCCUGAAUCUUCUUCAGCUGCACCUGAAAUAUCUUCUGAAGCUCCCGAACCAUCAAGUGCAGCUCCCGAGUCUUCAUCAGCACCCGAAUCUUCUGCAGCUCCUGAAUCUUCUUCUGCUGCUCCUGAAUCAUCUUCUGAAGCUCCCGAACCAUCAAGUGCAGCUCCCGAAUCUUCUGCAGCUCCUGAAUCUUCAUCAGCUGCCCCUGAAUCAUCUUCUGAAGCUCCCGAACCAUCAAGUGCAGCUCCUGAAUCUUCUGCAGCUCCUGAAUCUUCUUCAUCUGCUCCUGAAUCAUCUUCUGAAGCACCCGAACCAUCAAGUGCUGCUCCCGAAUCUUCUGCAGCUCCUGAAUCGUCAUCCGAAGCCCCCGAGUCUUCUUCUGCUGCUCCUGAAUCGUCAUCUGAAGCUCCUCAUGAUAGACCACCACGCCCAAGUCGCCCUCCACAUGAUAAACCAGAACGUCCAGAACGCCCAGAACGCCCUGAAUCGUCAUCUGCAGCUCCCGAGUCUUCUUCUGCUGCUCCUGAAUCGUCAUCUGAAGCUCCUCAUGAUAGACCACCACGUCCAGAGCGCCCUCCACAUGACAGACCAGAACGCCCUCCACAUGACAGACCGGAACGUCCAGAUCGCCCUCAUGAUAUUCCAGUAAAACGUAUUCAGAAGUAUUUUAAACAUUUGUUCAAGUCUCUAGGAGAAUACACAGCUUCUGUCAUUGGUGCAGUAAGUGAAGGUAAAGUGCCUGAAAAAUUCCCAGGUGAACACCCUUCAAUUGAUAACAGACCUGACUCUAAUGAAGAUAAUAGACCUGACUCCAGUGAAGGAUCAGAUGAAAAAUUCCCAGACAACCACCAUCCAAUUAUCGAUAACAAACCAGAUUCCAGUGAAGGAUCAGAUGAAGACUCCAAUGAAGUCCCAGAUAAACACCAUCCAAGACCUGACUCCAAUGAAGAUUCAGAUGAAGAAUUCCCACAUAAGCACCAUCCAAGUAUCGAUAACAGACCUGACUCCAAUGAAGAGUCAGAUGAUAAAUUCCCAAACGAUCACGAUGAUAAUAUUGACAACAGACCUGACUCCAAUGAAGAGUCUGAUGGACAAUACCCAGACAAUCACCAUCCAAGUAUCGACAACAGACCUGACUCCAAUGAAGAAUCAAGUGAUGAAUUCCCAAAUGAUCACAAUGAAAAUAUUCACAACAGACCUGACUUCAAUGAAGAGUCAGAUGACAUUAUUCCAAAUAACGCUGAUGUAAAUAUAGAUAAUGGUGAAGGCAUUGUUUAUUGAAUUUUUCCAGUAUUUGGAAGAAAUCCCAAUUAAAGCAAUGAUCUUAGAUACUAGAACUCCCCCAAAAUGUAAUCCAAAAAAGGAUAUUAUACUAUAUUUUAAUUAAAUAAAGAUUAAGUUUGAAGAAUAAA